CAUUAAUUCCAAGAAGUCGAGAUAAAAAUCAAAAUUCAGUGGUUUACUGCACCAUCAAAGCAUUAGAAGUAUCAAAAAUGGACGAGUCAACGGUAGACAAAGAACGAUUUGCUAGCCGUGAAAAUCAUUGUGAAAUUGAGCGAAGACGUCGUAAUAAAAUGACGGCUUAUAUUACCGAAUUAUCGGACAUGGUUCCAACAUGUAGCGCUUUAGCUAGGAAACCUGAUAAAUUGACAAUUUUAAGAAUGGCAGUAGCUCAUAUGAAGGCAUUGAGAGGAACUGGCAAUACAAAUACGGAUGGAAGUUACAAACCAUCAUUUUUGACUGAUCAAGAAUUAAAGCAUUUAAUACUUGAGGCAGCUGAUGGAUUCUUGUUUGUUGUGUCGUGUGAUACUGGUCGCAUAAUUUAUGUCUCUGAUUCAGUUACACCCGUUUUAAAUCAAUCACAAAAUGACUGGUAUGGAUCAUCACUGUUUGAGCUUGUUCAUGGCGAUGAUAUUGAUAAAGUACGUGAACAGUUGUCGACGCAAGAGCCACAGAAUUCUGGUCGUAUUCUAGACUUGAAAACUGGAACCGUUAAAAAGGAAGGACAUCAAUCAUCGAUGAGAUUGUGUAUGGGAUCAAGGCGAGGAUUCAUUUGUCGUAUGAAAAUUGGGAAUGUAAGUCCGGAAAAUAUGGCAGUUGGUCAUCUGAAUCGUUUGAAGCAACGAAAUUCUCUCGGACCAUCAAGGGAUGGACAAAAUUAUGCUGUAGUUCAUUGUACAGGAUACAUUAAAAAUUGGCCUCCAACAGAUCUUUUUCCAGGUGUUCAACUUGAUCGACAAAAUGAGGAUGAUUUGCAUUCAUCUCACUGCUGCUUAGUUGCAAUUGGUCGUUUACAAGUUACAUCAACUGCCAAUUCAGCAGAUCUUAAUGGCUCAAAUAAUCAAUCGGAAUUCAUUUCUCGUCACUCGAUGGACGGAAAGUUUUCUUUUGUUGAUCAACGUGUAAUGAAUGUACUCGGCUAUGUUCCAACCGAUUUACUAAGCAAGAGCUGCUAUGACUUCUUUCAUCCUGAAGACCAGAAUCACAUGAAGGAGAAUUUCGAUCAAGUUCUCAAGCAAAAAGGACAAAUGUUUUCCGUAAUGUACCGUUUUCGUGCUAAAAAUCGUGAAUGGGUUUGGCUAAGAACACAAGCUUAUGCAUUCCUCAAUCCAUAUAAUGAUGAGGUUGAGUACAUCGUCUGCACAAACAGUUCUGCAAAAACAUUGCACAAUGUUGCACCAGAAAACAACGGACAAUUGGAAACAGAACAGCCUGUUUAUCAUCAACCUGCACCAGGACUUGAUUAUACGAUGCAAAAUCGUCGUGAAACUCAACCAUAUAAUCCACACUUAAUGUCACAUAUCGCUGUGCCACCACAAACAUCAUCUCAAGCUCCAAAUAGUAUUCAGCAACGACCCAACAGUGCACAAAAUACUGUACAGUAUCACUACGAACCAACUCCAUCGCCAAUUCAGUACGGAUCACCAGGGAGAACACCAGCAGCUAUGGCUAAGAAUAGUCAGAAUGCAUCACCUACACCUGCAUGGACAAUGAGACAGCAACAACAACCACCAGAAAGUUAUCAAUAUAGUCAAUUAAGUCCUUCAAGAUCGCCGAGUGGACCGACUUAUACGCAAUUGAGUAGCGGAAUUAACUCACGACCAGCUUAUAAUGCAACAGCAACUACGCAACAAGCUCCUCAUCAGCCAGGAUACUUUGGAUGGUCUGAUAGCGGUGCUGGACCAAGUUCUGCACCUCACAAUCCUUCAGUUCCUCCAGGCCAACAUCCACAGCAAGGACAAGAGUUGUCUGAUAUGCUUCAAAUGCUCGGUGAUCAAACUGGUCCGACGACUUUUGAGGAUCUCAAUAUUCACAUGUUUUCGGGGCAAUUCGAGUAAAGAUGAAUGUUUUUAUUCCAUUUAAGAAUGAAGAGAUCUGUCAUAUAUGCUGAGCA